GCUUGUUGCAAUGUGGCAACCCGUGUUGGAUAGAGUUUCACAUUCUAUAUAUAAGCCUGUUGACUGUGUCCCCGCUGCUCUAUUUAAAUGCCAGAGUUCCUCUGUCUCAAACAGUGAGAGGGGUGCAACAAUAUGAUGGACCUUUUUGAGACCAGCUCUUAUCUCUUCGGCGACCUGCGGUAUUUGGAGGAGGCCGACCACGGACCCUUGCAGCACUUGGACAUAGCGGGAGUGUCUCCUCUGUACAACAGCAACGACAGCCCGUUGUCUCCGGGCCAGGACAACGUUCCGUCGGAGACCGGUGGGGAGAGCAGCGGAGAGGAGCAUGUGCUCGCGCCUCCGGGCCUCCAGGCGCACUGCGAGGGCCAGUGCCUCAUGUGGGCCUGCAAGAUCUGCAAGAAGAAGUCGGCACCCACGGAUAGACGCAAGGCCGCCACGCUCAGGGAGAGGAGGAGGCUCAAGAAGAUCAACGAGGCCUUCGACGCCCUGAAGAGGAAGACCGUGGCCAAUCCCAACCAGAGACUACCCAAAGUGGAGAUUCUACGCAGCGCCAUCAGCUACAUAGAGAGGCUACAAGAUCUGCUGCAAACCCUGGACGAGCAGGAGAAAGGGGGAAGCGGUUCUUCGUUCAGCACCAAAGAACACAACGUAGCAAAUGAUGAGUACAACUGGAAGACAUCCUCUGAAAUCCUGCCAACCUCUGCUGAUCAUUCCAAUGCAUCGAUGAGCCAGAGUGAAGGAACCAGCGAGUCGUCCGCAUCCUCCAGCCUCCUGCGUCUGUCCUCCAUCGUGGACAGCAUCACAAACGGCGAGAAAAUCCACUUCCCAGCUGGAGGCUCAGAAAACUGACGGCCUUAGAAAUAAUUCUCUUUUUUUCUAAUCUGUACAUAUUUUUUGCUAAAAUCUAUUUAUAUGAUGUUUUGAAGCCAGAAGAAUCUUGAAGGAACUCGUCGUGUGUUUGUACAUAUGGCUGACCAACAGAAUAAAGAAUGUGAUUUUGAUUUUACGCUUUUUGAAUGAUGUCACUUAUUUUUCUACUGUUUCAAAGGUGAUAAAAUCAAAAUGUGAAGCUCUUUGUUUGAGGUCUGACUCAUAAGUAACUCGAGUCUCCUCCGUGCGACUCCUCCCCUCCUGCCCCGAUCACAUGUUGGGGAUGGAAAGUUGCAGGCUUGGUGUUAAGCCCAGUGGGAUAUUGGAGUUAUUUGAGCCAUUAAACCUCGAUUCUUGCUGCUUGUGCUUUCAUGGCAUGACGUAAGACGAUGUAGAUACCAG